CUCAAUUUACCCCGUGAGAUUUUCCUCAGGAGAGAGUGGACAAUUCUUGCAUUGGUCCUGCCAGGACCCAAAGAGCCUGUGGCUCUCGCUCUCAAUAACCUGUUGAAACCCUUGGUAGACGACCUCAAAAUUUUGGAACGAGGAAUACUGGCAAAUGUUUACGGUCAUGAUCAACUGCAACCAGUUCUCAUGCAAAUGAUGUUCUCUUCCUCGGACAUGCCUGCUACCAGGAAGAUUGCGGGUAGCUACGGACACGCGGCCAAAUACUGUUGUAACCACUGUAGGAUCAAGACGAGUGAUUUGAAGACAGCCACUGCUUAUGAUUGGAAGCAUCUGCCCCUUCACGAACCUGCAGAGUUACUGAAGGCGGCGAUAAAGCAUCGUGAUUCAUCGCCUGAAGAGCGGAUAAGAUUGGAGAAAAAGCAUGGUGUUCGGUGGUCGGAAUUGGUCACCCUGGUUGGCUUUGAACACUCGGCUUUCUGUCCACCGGAUGCAAUGCACAAUGUGGCGUUAGGC